CGAAGAGAAAGAGGAGGAGCGGAAAGAGAGAGAGCUUCUAACCGACAGCAGAGCUCCGGAGGACCGGGAGGAGGAGGCAUGGGCUGCAGCCACAGCAAGAAGAAAAGCAAAGGCAAGAAGGGAGAGAAGAGCCGCCACGAUGACGGAGGUAAACGAGCAUCAGGUGACGUCUGCCUGGAGAAGCAGCUCGAGCGCUUUGAGUGGCAGCUGAGGAUCUUGCGGGAGGCCAAUGGGAACCCGGAGAGGGCGGAGCUUCUGAGGGAGCACGCCGACAAGGAGGUGUGCUCCCUGGUCCUGAGCCUCCUGGACAAGGUGAAGACGGAGACGACGGUGGAUUUGAACGUUCUGCAUGAGCAGAAGAGUGAACGUGACUGGAGGGAGCACGAGAGGAACGUGACAGAGCUGCAGCAGAAACACGAACAAGAGAAAACUGAAGCGACGGAAACGUUUCAGGCUGCUGAGAACAUCCUCAAGGUCGAGGUGCAGCAGCUGACUGCAGACCUGCAGGUUUAUAACGAGCUGAAGAAAAGACGAGAUGAGUCAACGUUUAAGAAAGACCUGCAGAGAAACAUUCAGGCCCAUGGCAGCCCAGGUGCAUUCUGGGAGUCGGAGCAGGAGUCCCUGCUGUUUGUGAUCGAGAUGAAGACUGAGCGCGUGCAGGAGCAGAGCAGGAAGCUGCAGGCGAUGGACGCUCUGGUGGAGAAGAAUCUGUCUCUGGAGGACCAGAUCGUCCUGGUCCUGCAGCAGAACGAGGACCUGAGAGUCCGGAUGGACAACUGCCAGAGCCUCAUUCAGCAGCUGUCCAAGGAGCAGCAGGACCUGAAGGUGGCGCUAGAGAGGCAGGCCGUGGUGAACAGGAAGCUCUCCCAGGAGAAAGAGCAGCUGGUCUUCAAGCUGAGGCACCGAGACUCGUGUCCCAGCAUGCACCUGCCCGUCAUGAUGCAGGAGAUCGCCCCCAGGUGAUCCCCCCCCCCCAGAGACCAGACCUGGUCUGACCCCCCCAGGCUGGUCUCAGGUUCUGGGUUCGAGGUCCAGAUCUUUGAACUGGAUCCACGAGUCUGAAUGUUCCCAUUUUCUCUCCACUGGGAAACCCCCUUCACCAGGGUCCCUGAAGUAUCCUCUGAACUCCCCUUGAGCCUCAACAUCUGAGGGGACCCCCCCCCCCCCCCCCCAAUCUGUCAGUCAGUCUUCUGGUGAUCGGGCCUGACGACGGUUUAUAUCAUGUGGCUUAGCGUGGUUAGCAUUGAUGCUAGUGAGUAAAGCCGUGGCUCAUGACCAGAAUGUAGCCGCCACAGAGCGCUGAGCGGGACACGAGAGCCUGAGGGUCAGAACGGAGGGUCUGACUUCCUGUCCCCAACGACAGGAAAACACUCUGCCUCUACUCUGCCUCUACUCUGUCACUACUCUGUCUCCUCUCUGUCUCCUGUCUGUCUCUACUCUGUCUCCUCUCUGCCUCCUCUCUGCCUCUACUCUACCUCUACUCUGUCUCUACUCUGUCUCCUCUCUGUCUCUACUCUGUCUCUACUCUGUCUCCUCUCUGUCUCCUCUCUGUCUCUACUCUGUCUCUACUCUGUCUCUACUCUGUCUCUACUCUGCCUCUACUCUGCCUCUACUCUGUCUCUACUCUGCCUCUACUCUGCCUCUACUCUGCCUCUACUCUGUCUCUACUCUGCCUCUACUCUGUCUCUACUCUGUCUCCUCUCUGUCUCCUCUCUGUCUCUACUCUGUCUCUACUCUGUCUCCUCUCUGUCUCCUCUCUGUCUCUACUCUGUCUCUACUCUGUCUCUACUCUGUCUCUACUCUGUCUCUACUCUGUCUCUACUCUGUCUCUACUCUGUCUCCUCUCUGCCUCCUCUCUGCCUCUACUCUACCUCUACUCUGUCUCUUCUCUGUCUCCUCUCUGUCUCUACUCUGUCUCCUCUCUGUCUCUACUCUGUCUCCUCUCUGUCUCUACUCUGUCUCCUCUCUGUCUCCUCUCUGUCUCUACUCUGUCUCCUCUCUGUCUCUAC